UUGUGUUUAUUGAACAAGAAUUGAAGUAGUUACUAUUCCUUUUUCAAUUAAUCAUGGACUCAAGAACAAUGCAAAGUCAUGCCCACGAGCACGAUGAACAUCAUCAUCCUCAAAAUUUUGGCUCACAACAAGUGGCACAUGGUAAGGAGGAACAUCAUGAUGGCCAUGAAAAGAAAUCGGUUCUAAAGAAAGUGAAGGCAAAGGCUAAGAAAAUUAAGAACACACUCACAAAGCAUGGUCAUCAAGAACAUGGUCAUGAUCAGUAUCAUUAUGAAGAUCAACAUAUCCCUGAUGAUCAUGAUUUGGAUGAGGAAGAUGACUAUGAUGAAGAAUUGGUUCAAGACCCAGAAGUCCAUGGAGCACCAAUUUAUGACAGUGCUAGAGUUAGAAAUGUGAAUUUUGGAGGCACAAGAGUUAUGAGAGAAGAACAUGAUCAUGAGGCAAGAGUAGUAGUUGUUUCUCCAACUACUACUGAAAUUAAUCAAAGUAUGCAACAUAAGGUUAAUUUAGAGAGAAGAAUGAAUUUGGAGGAAGAUCCUCAUGCACCUGGAAGUAGACUUGAAGCAUAUGCUAUUUCCAAUUAUCAAACCAAACUCACUGAUCCAACUAGGGCAGGUGGUGCAGAAAUUGACAUUACCCCAAUUAAAAAAUCUAUUGAGAGAAUGUCAGUUCAAAAUGAAGCAAAAACUCUUCCAACUAUUGAUGAAACACAAUACCCUAAACCUUCCAUUGGAAUCCAUCACCAAUUUCCUCCACAACUUUCUACAGAAACCAAAACUCCUUAUCCAUCAUCAUUACCUACUUCAACAUAUAACCAAAAUUCACCACAACUAUCAACUGAAAUCAAAACUCAAUACCCCAAAAAUCAUGAUCAAAACUUGCAACAACAUUCCUAUCCAACAAAAACUCAAUACCCUUUGGCAACAAGCCAUGAUCAACAUUUACCACAAUACCCUUCAAGCCAUGAUCAUUUUACACCAAAUGAGCCUAAACCUCAACACCGUUUUGCAACUAGUCAUGAUCAACAUUUACCACAAUACCCUUCAAGCCAAGAUCAAAAUUUACCACAAUACCCUUCAAGUCAUGAUCAACAUUUACCUCAUGAUCAACAUUUCACACCAAAGUUGCAACCAAAUGAGCCUAAACCUCAACACCAUUUUGCAACUAGCCAUGAUCAACAUUUACCACAAUACCCUUCAAGCCAUGAUCAACAUUUACCGCAAUACCCUUCAAGCCAAGAUCAAAAUUUACCACAAUACCCUUUAACCCAUGAUCAACAUUUACCACAACAUUUCACACCAAAUUUACUACCAACUGAGCCUAAACCUCAACACCAUUUUGCAACUAGCCAUGAUCAACAUUUACAUCAACACCCUUCAAGCCAAAAUCAACAUUUACCACAACACCAAAAUCAACAAUUACCACAAUACCCUUCAAGCCAAGAUAAACAUUUACCUCAAUACCCUUCAAGCCAUGAUCAUAUCACACCAAAUUUACUACCAACUGAGCCUAAACUUCAACACUCUUCUGCCACAAGCCAUGACCAUUUUAAACAAGAAUUACCAAAUGAACCUAAGCUUCAACACUCUUCUAAUAUAAGCCAUCAUUAUCCAUCUUCUGGAAGCCAUGAUCAGUUUAGAGAAGAGUUACCAACUCAACACCAUUCUCUACAACAUUCCUCCAAUGCAAUGAAAACUCAGUAUCCUUCAUCUGGAAGCCAUGAUCAGUUUAGAGAAGAGUUUUCUACCAACAAUAAUCAAAACACAUUCAGAGUUGAAGAACAACCUCAGCUACAUGAUGAAUCAAAUCAAAACAACAGUUACACAGACAAAAUCUACUCUGCAACUUCUGCAAUAGCCGACAAAGCUGCAACAGCUAAAAAUGCAGUCGCGUCGAAGCUUGGAUACGACCAACAAGGCGAAAACGAAACAUAUCAACGAACAGCCGGAGAAACACCGUCGAACCAAAGUAGUUACACAGAAAAAAUCUCAUCUGCAACCUCUGCAAUAGCCGAUAAAGCCGCAACAGCUAAAAAUGCAGUCGCAUCGAAGCUUGGAUAUGGCGAACAAGGCGGAAACAAAACAAAUCAAAACCAGAGUAGUUAUUCAGAGAAAAUCUCAUCUGCAACAUCUGCAGUAGCGGAUAAAGCUGCACAAGCUAAAAACACAGUAGCUUCAAAGCUCGGUGUGGGCGGAAAAGAUGAAACUUCUCAAAGUGAGAGAGAUGAAACUUCUCAAAGUGAGAGAGAUUCAAAGGUAACAAGCCAUGAAGAGAAGAAGAAGAGUGAUAGAAAUUAUUCUUCUGCAGUGUCACCUGCAGAAUAUGGAAAGAGAAUUGCAGUUUCCUUGACAGACAAGUUAACUCCAGUUAGUGGAAAUGUUGGUGAAAGGGUAAGUGGGGGUGUAGAACAGGAUAAAGGGGUGUCAAUGAAAGACUAUUUAGCUGAAAAGUUGAGACCUGGAGUGGAAGAGAAGGCUCUUUCUGAUGUGAUUUCUGAGAGUUUGUAUGAGGAUGAUGAAAGAGAGGGUAGUGAUGUGGUGAGACCAAAGGGGAAGGUGAUUGAGUCUGAAGAAGUGAAGAAGAGGUUAGGGAGUUGGGAUGAUGAGAAAGAGAAAGAUCAUGAAGAGAGUAAUAAGGCUAUGGUUGAUAUGGUUAAGGAUGUUGUUGGAUCUUGGUUUGGUAAACCAGGUGAGAAUCAAACCAAUCAAGGAAGUGGAGAGGUUCAUCAAACUGCAGGUGAACGAAGGUUGCAUGAGUCAUCUAAUUGAAGAGAAGGUUUUAGUGGAAUCCUAGUUCUUUGUUUAUGUAAAUGUUUUUUCCUUUGAAGUUGUGGUUGUUUAAACUUGGAGUAUAGAACAUUUCAAAAGUCAUUUGUUUCUUAUUUAUGAUUCUAUGUUGUUUGGUUUAGUCCAAUAAAUCUUCUCGUGUUCAAUAGGUGAAAAUGAA